UUUUAUAAAUAAUUUAGUUUAAUCUAUGGUUUGUGAUUGUUUAUUGUUUUUGUGUAGCGCAUGUAGCCUACAAAAAUGGCUGCAGGCCCAAUUGCAGAAAGAAACCAAGAUGCGACCAUCUACGUGGGGGGCCUUGACGAGAAGGUGUCGGAGGCCCUCAUGUGGGAGCUGUUCGUGCAGGCCGGACCCGUGGUGAACGUCCACAUGCCCAAGGACCGGGUCACCCAGAUGCACCAGGGGUACGGCUUCGUGGAGUUCAUGGGCGAGGAAGAUGCCGACUACGCCAUCAAGAUCAUGAACAUGAUCAAGCUGUACGGGAAGCCCAUCAGAGUCAACAAGGCAUCAGCGCACCAGAAGAACUUGGAUGUGGGAGCUAAUAUCUUCAUAGGCAACCUUGACCCAGAAGUGGACGAGAAAUUGCUGUACGACACAUUUUCCGCAUUUGGAGUUAUUCUUCAAACUCCCAAGAUUAUGCGUGAUCCAGAAACUGGCAAUUCCAAAGGUUUUGCCUUCAUCAACUUUGCGAGCUUCGAUGCCUCAGACGCAGCAAUAGAAGCCAUGAACGGCCAGUACUUGUGCAACCGGCCAAUCUCAGUUUCGUACGCCUUCAAGAAGGAUGCGAAGGGAGAGCGUCACGGCUCGGCCGCUGAAAGAAUGCUGGCGAAUCAGAACCCGCUAUCACAGGCCGACAGGCCCCACCAGCUUUUCGCAGAUGCCCCACCUCCCAUUCCCAUCCCCCAACCACCGCCUCCAGUGUCCAUGAUGGGCAUGGUGCCGCCCCCACCACCCACCCCUGGCAUGCACCCUCCUCCCCCGCCUCCCGUCCCACCCCCUCCGGGCAUCCCUCCCCCGCCCAUGGCCCUGCCUCCCGGGGUACCGCCGCCUCCCCUCCCUCCCCAGCCCAUGCAUCACCCCGGGCACCCGCCCAUGCCGCCCAGCAUGCCCCCACCGCCGCUCAGCCGCCCUCCCAUGCCCCCCAUGCCUCCCGGGGCCAUGCCCCCCACGUCAGGGCCUCCCGGCUCCAUGCAGGGUAACAUGCCGCCCGGCUCCGGGCCACCGCAGCAUCAGCAGCAAGGUGGCAUGGGCCCCCCGGGCAUGGGCAUGCCACCCAUGCCGCCCCAGCAAGGUGGCCCGCCCCCUCCGAGGAUGAUGCCGCCUCCGUGGCAGGGGAACCAGUUCCCACCGCCACCGCCGCAGGGGAACUUCCAGGGCAACUUCCCGCCACCUCCACCACCCCCGCACGGGGGACCACCGCCCGGCUGGAGACCGCCGCCCCCUCCGCCUGGUCGGCCGCCGUUCGGCCGCCCCCAGUUCCAGCCGCGGGGCCCGCCCCCCAGGGGCAUGCGGCCCCCGAUGCCUCCCCCGUCCCGCGGCUCCCGGCCCCAGCAGGGUGACGGCUACGACGGCAACUUCGACCGCAACUAUGACAACUACGACAACAACUACGACAACAACUAUGACGACAACUACGACAACAACUAUGACAAUAACUAUGACAACAAUUACGACAAUGAUUAUGACGACAACUACUGAGCGGCGACGCAUGAGUGUGUCGAUGCCAUCUGGUGAGAUGCCGGUGUGUGUUUCCAAGUGAGAAGAGUUCUACAGAACCAAUUUAAUUAUAACAACAACAAUUACUACAAAAACUAUUUGGCAACCUUGCGGUGCUGUGCUUCGGUUUGUACUGGCAAGUGGAGACACUACCUUAACAUGGGUGUACGUUGUAACAAUUUGAUGAUUGUACAUCCUUACGCAGGCUCAUACAUUCUUGAAUGUAGCAUUUAAUUUUAUUCAACAACUUAUUUCAUAAACUUACUAAUUAAUGUUUCUUUAUUUAUGAACCAUGUAGUAAAUUUUUUUUAUUUGUUACACCAUGUUUAGAAUGUUUCAAUAAACAAUCACAAAUAUUUGUCAUGUGUUGUUUAGUGCUUUCUUUUGUAAUUUUGUGAAUCUUUGACAAAUUGGAUUGUAUGGACGAACAACUUCUUUCUUAAAAAGAAACUAUUUUUUGGACAGUUAAUUAAUUAAAAUGUUGACAAUGUAAUCACGUCUCCUACAUGUAUGUGUUAUGUUAAUGUAAGAUUAUGAAAUAAAAUGUUCAUAACCUGUUACUUUUUUUUAUAUAUGAAAUGUGUGUGGAAGUCUUGUUUAAAAAAUUGUGCGAUACCGGAAAAAAUUUUCUGAAUGUACUUGUUUCUCACAAAAGUAACUUUCUUUAGGUGUUCAGGGCUUCAGGGUACAAUUGCCGCAGAUGCAAAACUUUGCGUUACAAUUGGUGUGUUGUCAGUUGACAAAACCUUUUAUUAAACCAAUCCAACACAUUUUUAAGAAAAACAUUUUUUCUCCUUAUAUUUGGUAGUUUUACGAUAAUUAGUGGCUGUCUUUUGCAUCUACUCCAUAUGCUGCAGGAAAUUGUAACCAGUUGAGAUUGUGAAAUCAACAAAGAAAUGUUGUAUGAAGUGAUGAUAUGUUAAUUUGCCAUCAACAUGAAGUAAAGUCAUCUUUUUUAAUUAAUGAAAA